ACGGCACCCCGCUGCAGCCAAGCAGCUCUCUUUCAUCUCAGCUCCUGCCAUCGUCACGUCCUGCUCGCUCGCUAUCAACAUAUAAUCAGAGCCCCCGAGCGUCGUGGUUGUGGGCCCACUCGUGACUGACAAAUUCAUCCCUACCAUCCCUCACCCUCUCAAUCACGCCUCCACACUCUUCGUUCACACCUCACUCAGCUAUCUCGUCGAUCUACGCUGGGAGCUCUGCGACUUGCGUCACGUCGAUCGCAAUCGGCCUUUUCCACAAGCCACACACUCGACGCUCAACGGUCAAGCUCUUCACCUCGCUUCAGCACCACCUUCGUCCAUCAUGAAGCUUCUGCGUGCUCUCGCUAUCACCAGCAUGCUGGCUGUUGCCUGCGUUGCAGCUGCUCCUAGUCUCGUCGAGCGCUCGCCCGAGCCACAGGGAAAUCGGGCACCAAGCAGAAUUCAAUGGCGAAGUGAAGAGGCUGUAGAGGUCGAGAAACGCGAGGCGUUCAGCGGUCGCCCAAUCUCCUGGAAGCGUGGUCCCAAUCCCGAGGCAGACCCCCGUCGCCCUCCAAACUGGAAGCGCGAAGCCAAUCCCGCUCCUGAAGCUGAGGCACGUCGUCCUCCAAACUGGAAACGCGAGCGCAAGCUUGGCCCCGUUCGCCUGCCUGCUUGGUAGAGCAUAUCGUGCCUCGAUUCAUCAACCAGCUCAAGAUGGCAGCCUGCAUGAACACAACCCAUGGCUCCCAACCUUCUUAGAUCACCUCAACUCGAGCGAUUCUCCACACUAGUCUGUCAAUGCUCAAGUCAAUGUGACUUGGCCAUCUCGGACACAUCGCCAACUUUCAUUCGGUCACCGUUGAAUCCACAAACUUUUCACAUCGUCAUCUCGUCGUCACCUUCCAGGCUCAACCGUCACAAGCAGCGCACCCCUCUUUGACUGACAGCAGGCUGUCUAUCGGAUGCACGCCUUCCGACGCACGCCUCUGAAGUCACGCCAAAUGAUCCAUCAACCUCUUCCCUUCGCCCCCAAAUUGAUCGCAUUCACCAUCGAAUUCGCGACCUCAGCUGUACAUGGUCUUCAAUCAAGCCCAGAUUCCGCCAGCGCAAGCCCUCCCUUGCGCCAUCAUCAAGACAAUCAGCAGCG